GUUUUGGUUUUUUGAGACAGCAUUUCAAACAGAUAUGUUUUGGUUUCUUUCAGGUAGCAUUUCAAACGGGUACGCUGAUUUUUUUGGUAUGAGUUUUAAAUGGACUUUUGGACCAGUUUCAGACUUUAUAGAAGGGACUUUAAACUGGUAUAUUAGUUUCUUUGAAGAGUAUUUAGAUUAG